AUGUCUACCCCCAGCACUAUUGAGUUCGUUUCUCAUCAGGAAGAUGCCAAUCAGUCACAUUCCUGGAUGAAGCCAGAUGGUGGUAAAAAUUGGUUGUCAUUGAUUGAUCGGCUGCAGUACUUUCUGCUGAACAACGACGCAGACAAUCUGAGAAAGUACCUUGGUGGCUUCAAGAACGGGAAGAAGGUCAAGGUCAGCAAGACCAGAGUAAUCAAUGACUGCUGCCAGUAUUUUGACAAGCAGGGUGUGAAGCGCACCAGCUCUCAAAUAAAAAGCAAGCUGACAUAUCUGAUAAACAAGCAAUAUCCUAUUGCAUUCAAAGCCUGGGAAGACAGCACAAUGAGAAUUAGCAAAGAAGAAAUGUCUCGAUUAUAUCUUAAUGAUAUAUGCCCAAGCUUCAUGCAGAUGAGAAAAGUACUUGGUGAAAGUAAGGCAAAGUCACCUGCUGUAUGCAAUACAACAACGCCCUUAGACUUAAACAAAGCCCAAGACAUAAGCAAGAGUGAAGGUAGUGAAGACAGUGAAAACGAUAGAGGUGACGAAAUCAAACAGGGAGCUGAUGUCAGCAAUGAGAUCAGUUCUCAGAGAGAGGUUGUUGUUCAAAGCAACAGUGAAAGCAGCACCUCUGAGCACUCUGACACCAGUGUGUACAGUGGCAAAAGACGGCCUAAAUUCUUUGGCAAUAUUGGGAAGAACACGGCAAAAAGAUCAGUUAAGAGCAUGGAGGAUAUUGGGCAUUACAAGGAAGAGCUCAAGAACCAGAAGGAGAAGCUGCAAAAAGAGCUUCAAUGCAAGCAGCUAGUAAAAGGAGUGAUCCUUAUAGCAAAAACAUUUGACUGGUCUGAAGAGAAGACUAAGAAUGAAUUAGAAGAGAUGUAUAACCAGUACCUUAAUUAA